AUCCGACCCGUCUCAGCCUGCCUUACGUUUCUUAUCUCCGUCCCGAGAGGGAGUGACCCAUCCCCGAUUCUCGAACGGACAUGCAGUGAGAAUUCGCCGAUGAACAUGCUGGCGUCGACGGCCAUCUGCGCAUGCCAUCUCUCACCAAAGGUCGCUCCUUCCAGCUUCCUCCUCAGAAAUGCCUUCCCUAAUCCUCCUCGAGCUCGCCGCCGGAGCUUCAAGAUCGUCGCGAGUUCAACGAAUGAAGACACUCGGGCUGUCGCGGAGCAAGGAGGAGAAGAAAAGCAAGAAGCCGCGGAACCGGACGAACCCGACCGACCCUCCACUUCGACGUCAGCUUCGAGUGCUGCGCUCGAGAAGGACCUCAAGAAGGUGGUUCAGAAGACUGCUUCAACCUUCGCUCCAAGAGCUUCGACAGCCACGAAAAACCCUGCUGUUCCCGGAACUGCCUUGUAUACAGUUUUUGAGGUGCAAGGCUAUGCCUCAUUGCUUCUUGGCGGAGCUCUGUCUUUCAAUCUUUUGUUUCCGUCGAACGAGCCCGAUAUAUGGAGGUUGAUGGGAAUGUGGUCCAUUUGGAUGUUUACAAUUCCUUCUCUUCGGGCCCGAGACUGCUCAAAGAAUGAGAAAGAAGCCCUAAACUAUCUGUUCCUUCUCAUCCCAUUACUCAAUGUCAUAAUCCCCUUCUUUUGGAAGUCUUUUGCAGUUGUCUGGUCUGCAGAUACCGUGGCCUUCUUUGCGAUGUAUGCGUGGAAGAUGGGGUGGCUUCAAGAAACAGAGUAAAGGCCUAAAAAGGACAUCUCUUUAACUGUAUCUAUGAGCUCGGAGGCCAGUGUCUGACUGUGCAAGUUUUUCUGCCUUCACCUCAUGAUGGAUAGACAGCCUAUCAUGAGCAACAUACCAUCAGAAGCAGGUCUCUCUGUAAGUUGGCAGCGUUUGAGCAAUUGCCUCAAUUAGAAAGAAGGGAGCAUAUUUUUUUGUAUAAUCACGAGAAUCGAUCCCUCAAUGAAGUCAAAAUCUGGUUACCGCUCAUUUUCUUGCCUUUGCGAAUUUCUAUUUGGUAUCUUUGUUUUCUAGGCUUUGUGUAAGGGAUUCCAGAGCAACGUUCAAGAAUUUGCAUAUAUACAACUUGGGAAAGAGGAACAAAAUUGUUGUAGAGUAAUUUCAAGGUAUAAAGAUGUUGUUGUGUUUCUUCAAUCAAUGUCAUGCAUCCAUACUUC